CUAGAGUCUAUGCCCUCUGUUUACCACCGGAAACUUAGCGUUUAUAGCAACGGGGGGAGAGAGAGAGAGAGAGAGUAAAGUCAGGGACCGCAGAUACAUGUCAAGCUGGUUUGUGUAUUCUGGGGAGAACAACGUAAACAUUCUUUAAAAAAAAAAAACAAAAAAAAAAACAACAGACAUUUGUACUUCAUAUUUUUAGUUUAUCAUUGUAAAACAUUGUUGUAGUUUUCUCAGUGAUGUAGGUUUAAUUCUAAUUUGUAUUACCGUAAUCACAUCUGCUACCACUACAGCACACGUUUGAGAGACAAGUGUAGUUUCAAGCUACUGGGAGAGUGGAAAGAAAACUGCUUGUUCAUUUAUCAGACUGUGCAAGCGAUUUUCAGAGGAACUGGAUUCAUAUCUUAGUUUGUGUAAGCAAGGGGCUGAGGGCAAGGACUGUACGUGGUGAUGCAGCUGUCGUAGACAUGUUAACAACUGGAUGCAGGUAGUGUUAAAGUACUUACCUCAAACAUCAUCAAGUGAAGAAACCCAACCUUGCCAAGGCCUGCCGGUGAGAGAAACUUGAAGCUUGCAGUCAUGCUGGAGGAGGAUAUGGAGGUAGCCAUCAAGAUGGUGGUUGUAGGGAACGGCGCUGUUGGGAAAUCCAGUAUGAUACAACGCUAUUGCAAGGGCGUUUUCACAAAAGAUUACAAGAAGACCAUUGGUGUGGAUUUUCUUGAAAGGCAAAUUCAAGUUAACGACGAUGACGUCAGGUUGAUGCUGUGGGACACUGCAGGGCAGGAGGAGUUUGAUGCAAUAACAAAGGCCUAUUAUAGAGGUGCGCAGGCCUGCGUUCUAGUGUUCUCUACCACUGACAGGGAUUCCUUUGAAGCGAUCCCCAGCUGGAGAGAAAAGGUGGAAGCUGAAGUAGGAGACAUCCCUACAGUUCUAGUGCAGAAUAAAAUUGAUUUGCUGGAUGACUCCGUAAUAAAAAAUGAGGAAGCAGAGGGCUUAGCAAAGAAGCUAAAAUUAAGAUUUUAUCGUGCUUCUGUGAAAGAGGACCUGAAUGUAAAUGAAGUGUUUAAGUAUCUAGCUGAUAAAUACCUUCUGAGGCUCAAGCAACAAACCGCAGAGGAGCCAGAACUAGUUCAUACAACCAGCAAUAAAAUUGGAGUUUUUAAUACAGCUGGUGGAAGUCAUACUGGUCAGAAUUCUAGCAUUCACAAUGGUGGAGAAGUCAUCAGUCUUCAGCCAAAUAAACAGAGGACCAAAAAAAACAAAAGCCCUUUCAGCAGUUGCAGCAUUCCCUAGAAAAUGCUUAUCAGUUGUUUAAGAUUGUGCAGUUGUUCAAACCAUCAAUGGAUAGAGUCUCUGAGCUGCUUUCUGGGUGAACAGAUCUUUUCAGGUUGUGGACAAAAUGACUUUCUGUUGCGCAUUUUUUGCUGUAAGCCCCCCCCCCCCCCCACCCCACACUUUGCAGGUGCUGCUUGCUGAAAGAUACGCUAUCAUAUCUGCACCAUACCAUUGUCUUUUGUAAGUGCUAACGGAAUGUACAUUUUAUAUAUUUAUAUUUUUUAUGACCAACAUUCCAUACUGUUGCUGAAUAUGAAAUAUAUAAGCACUUGUAGUGAUACAGUGUAUAUUUAUACAGUGCCUUGCAAAAGUAUUCAGACCCCUGAC